ACAAGCGUUGACAAUCAUUUUCUUGCUGUUGUGAGUAGCAGUGGUCGUGCUGCUUCUCUCCGGGAUUUGACAAGUUCGUCGGCUAGGAAGUCAGUCAGUACAACUCCAACAUGGCUACUCCCAUGUAUGCGAUUGCGUCAUGUCUCCUAUGCGUUCUCUAUUGCACCUCAUCAGGUCAAGCUUCAACGGCUAUUUUUCCGCAGUUGUUUUUGGUAGAAGGAAAGUACCAGUUUCAAGGAUGGCAAUAUAGGAGACUGUUUAUGCCGACCCUUAACAAAAAGACAUGGCAUGAAGCCAUCACGAUGUGCCUUCAGCAUGAUGCUUUGUUCAGUCAUAAUACCACCCAGGUGGGUCUCUUGAGCAAGGAGUCCACUGGAUACUUGAACUACUUACCGUACAUGUGGAGAUACGGUACAAAGCAGGCCCACUACUAUCCGUUUGCCACCAAUGGUAUAAACUCAGCAACGCGCGGCAAUCGGCAUCAUGUCGCCUGCUUGGGAAAACAAGCUGUAACUUCGUGUAGCACUGAUUCAGAGUGUCCGAUCAGCCUUGGCUACAGAUGCUUUCCGGCGGUUGUACCAGGUUCCAUCAAGAAGUGUGUGCGCACAUAUGACACUACAGGAUAUGGCAAGUCUUUCUAUCGGUUGUUGACGACCAGUGAUCCAAGUCCCAGUGCCAACCAAGCAAAAGCAACCUGCAGAAGUUUGGGAAUGGGCUUACCCACCGUACAGGACCGCGCAAUUCUCAAGAGCUUCGUGUCGCAAGACAAACUGUUGAUAUACAAUGGCGCUUGGCUGGGAAUGAACUCAAAUGGAGGAUUUAUAUAUAUCUCACGGCGUCUCGAUUUUGCAGAUCUGGUUGUGCAUGACCCUGAUGCACCACUUCUAGGUGACGUCGCUCACUUUAUCUGUACAGGUCAGUGUGUCAAACAAAUUACAGUGAAACCUGUCUAG